AUGGCAGUCCCCACGCAGUUUGCAUACCGAACACUGAAGGAGAUUGGCAUCGUGGAUGCUGCGCCUGUCUAUGAGCCUUUGGCUGGGUUCGAGAGACCCCAAGGGAACUCGCGCUGCUGCACCUACUCGCCGUGCGGCCGAUACUUCGCCUGGGCUUCGAAUGACGGCGUGACGGUCGUCGACGCCUCGGUCGGACACGUCAUCACCACGCUCCCCACGCCCAACGUGUACGAAUUAGGCUUCUCGCCGCAUGGCUCGUACCUUAUUACCUGGGAGCGGCCAUCCAAGGAUGAGAACGGUGAUGCCGUCAAGAAUCUGAAGGUCUGGCGCACGGUGGAGCAGCUCCCGGCCGGUGCUGAAAAGCAGGUCGUCGGGAGGUUUGUGCAGAAGUCGCAGACUGGUUGGAACCUACAGUAUACUGCCGAUGAGCGAUACUGUGCCCGCUGUGUAACCAACGAGGUGCAGUUCUACGAGAGCAGUGAACUAGGCGUUGUUUGGAAUAAGCUCCGGGCGGAGGGAGUUGCGGAUUUCGCAAUUUCUCCUGGCAAUAACAAUUCCGUGGCGGUUUUCAUCCCAGAGCGCAAGGGCCAGCCAGCUGCGGUCAAAAUAUUCAACGUCCCCCAGUUCAACGCCCCGGUUUCGCAAAAGACUUUCUUCAAGGGCGACAAGGUCCAAUUGAAGUGGAACCAAUUGGGCACCACCUUGAUUGUUCUGGCACAAACCGAGGUAGAUAAGACUGGGAAGAGUUACUACGGAGAGACCACGCUGUAUGUGCUAAGCGCAAAUGGCGGAUUCGAUUCGAGGAUAACUCUGGACAAAGAGGGCCCAAUUCAUGAUGUAUCUUGGUCCCCCAACUCGAAGGAGUUUGGGGUUGUCUAUGGUUAUAUGCCGGCCAAGACAACCAUCUUCAACCAAAGGGCUGUUGCCACCCAUACAUUCCCGCUCUCUCCUCGAAAUACCAUCAUUUUCUCUCCAACGGGUCGAUUCGUCUUGGUUGCUGGGUUUGGGAAUCUUGCGGGACAAAUGGAUAUCUACAAUCUCGAGAAGGACUAUAAGAAGAUUUGCACCAUCGAGGCUGGAAAUCCGAGUGUUUGCGAGUGGAGCCCAGACAGCAGGUAUAUUUUGACCGCUACCACGAGCCCAAGACUCCGAGUUGACAACGGAAUCCGCUUGUGGCACGUUGGAGGGGCGGUCAUGUACAACCAGGAUAUGGUCGAGUUGUAUCACGUACUCUUCAGACCGCAAGCCCCUGAGCAGUGUGCGCCUGGCGAUCCUUUGCAUCCUGUCCCAACUCCUCACGCCUCAGCUCUCGCGUAUCUGGGCACUGUCAAGACACCUUCCAAGCCAGCUGGUGCAUAUCGUCCCCCUGGUGCCCGUGGUACUUCGACCCCGCUGCACUUCAAGCGCGAGGAUGAAGGAGGGGCCGCCCACAUUGUUAGCAACGGGACCUCGCUAGUCGGGUCAAAUGGGUUUGGCAGGCCCAGAAAACAGGUCCCGGGAGCGGAGACAGUUGAGAAUCUUCCCCCAGGAGCGGCGCCGCCCACAGGCCCCGGUGCCGCUGACGCCGAUGACAAUCUUUCCAAAGCGGCGUUGAAAAACAAGAAAAAGCGUGAAGCAAAGAAAGCCAAGGAGGCUGAGGCCAAAGCAGCCGGACUUAAUCCAGCAGCCCCCGAAGGCCCGGCCCAUGGCGCAGACCAUCGCAGCCCAGAGCGUCGCGAUCACCAGCGCAGCCGUUCUAAGGGCAACAGCCAAGAUGUUCGCACGCCAUCACAGCCGCGAAACCGUGCCAAUACGCACCAGGGUAGACAACAACAAUAUCCCCGUGGGCAAAACGGCAAUGGAGCACCUACGGGACAGAUCAAUAACCUGAAUCUCAACCCAGCCAAACAGCAGCAACCGCGUGUGCAAGAGGCCCCUGAAUUAUCCGUCACGUCUCCAAGUGGCGGCAGCCCGAACGCGAAGAAGUUGAGGGGCUUACAGAAGAAGAUCCGCGCGAUUGAGGAUCUGGAGAUGCGACUUGCGGGGGGUGAGAAAUUGGAGGAUACGCAGUUGAAGAAGAUCGGGACGAAGGCGAUGGUUCAGGUCGAAUUGUCGGCUUUGGAACAUGAUAAUUAG